AUGCUGUUCUUCGUCCUCAUCGUUUCUGGCUACCUCUGGUGCGCAUGCGUCUACGUGAUUGGAGCACCACCCAUUCGUCCGAUUGCAGAGGUCGGCGACGCAGCUCGACUGUUCUUGAAAGAGCAUGUGUCAACAGAGCUGACCCUGGGCAGCUCAUCAGCGCCUGUCGCACAGCUCGAGCAGGCUCCAACUCAAAGGCUUCACCCUUUCAUCCAUUCCGACCUUUCGCCGUUCAGAGGUCGUCCACCAGCUUCAAGACCGGAUUUCACAAGCCCUCCUAUAGUCGGAGCCUUGCCGACGGGUCCUGACCGUGCAUUCAGUAUCCCGUCCGCUGAAAUCGAGGGACCAUCGUCUUCUUCUGUGGACGCGGUCUCAGCGGAUCGGUGGCUGCAGCAAAGGGCGCGCUUCACUUCGGAGCAAGAUCUCGACAUUUUCUUUAACGACCUUCUUCUGCGCGACAGACGCACCGGUGUAUGGAGGCUACCGCAGACCAUCGACUACGUUCCCUCAAGUUGGUUCGAUGCCACCUACGCGAGCUACGUUGAAGUACGAAGAGCAAGUCGAAACUGGGGCAGACAAUGGACCUAUCCCGUCAAGUUCGAGAUGACUCUGAACCUCUUCCGAUUGAUCACGGUCAGGGGUCACGAGCUCUUUGGUAACAGCGCACGGAUAUACAAGCUUCGAUUUGCAGGCAAUGCUGCCAAUCACUGGCGGAGCGGAGAGGUGCUGGUCCGAUACCUGUCCGUGGAGUUCGAAGGGCAUGGAGUCAAGAUCCCGCCCAACACGCUGAUCGUUUGGAAGACCAGCGGCCAGGGCUCACGACUUGCUUUUGUAGGACUCUACCACUGCCCCAAGGCUUUAAUGGCCGAGUUCAGACGGCUUCCAGGCAGCAGGAAGUUCGAUGUGUCUUCCUUGCUGGGACAGAUCGAUCUAGUCCCCAGAUAUGAGGCGCCUCGCCUCGACGGGCAGGUUUCGCCCCAGUGA